CACACGUUAAUGCGAACUGUUUCUUUCACUGCCAGCCACAUUCUCCCAAAAAAUCAAAAAGAUUCAUAACAGUACAUAAAGAGUGAAGCUUCUCCUUUUAACUUGACUUGACUCACGGCGAAAAACAACUUGCAGACUAUGGGUUUUAUCGAAUACAUUAACUUGAGCAGCAGAAUUCGCGCUUUGCAAUCACUCAACAAGUUUCCCAACACAACUGAGGUUGCCAAUCCCAUAUGGUGUCCCAUCGAAGGUUCAAUUCCUCCUUGGGUCAACGGUAUUUUGUACCGUACAGGGCCCGGCAAAUACAAUCUGGGAGAUGACAAGAAGAAGCAGUAUGUUAUUCAGCACGCAUUCGAUGGGUUGCCCUUUGUUCACCGCUUCGAACUCUCAUCCGAGAGACAAGCGGUGCGCUAUAACAAUCGGCUCAUUUCAGACGCUGUGGAGCGUCGAUUGGUCGCCGAUCCCAAUGCAAACGAGAUAUUUUUUGGCCACAUACCCAACCUGUCCACUUGGCGCAGCUUUACCAAUUUGCUUGGCCGUAUUGCUGGGAUGGCCACUUCCACACGAAAGAGUGAAAUGGACCCUUCUGAUGACACGGUGGGUGUUACGGUCACACCGAAUUUCCCGUUGCCUUCCAAAUUUGGUUCAGUAGCCAACAGCGACAACGAUCAUGUCCUGGUAACCAAGACGGAUGCCAAUAUCUUGCAGCAGGUCCAUUCAAACACUUUGGAACCCAAACGUCUCUUUGAUUAUGGCGAGUACGACGAAAGGCUAGAUGGCAUACUUUCAGCAGCACAUCAUCAAAGAGAUCCCAAGACGGAAGACAUCUUUAAUUUCUCGAUCAACUUCGGGCGGAAUCCAGCCAUGAAAGUGUUUAGGAUUGACAGCACUGGAAAAGAGACUCAAGUUCUUGCCACCAUUAGAGAACGUCUCUUGCCGGAAGGUCAAAGAUCCACUUAUCUUCCCGCUUACGUGCACUCGUUCUGGCUCACCGAAAAUUAUGUAAUCAUCCCAGAGUCCCCGCUACAUUAUGCCAACAACGGUGUCGAUGUCCUGGUCCACGGUGCAGUAGCUACAGCAAUGGCGUGGAAAGAGGACAGCCCAGCCUAUCUACACAUUAUCAGCCGCGAUCCAAGUAUUGGCCAUGUCGUGUCAUUACCUGUCGAUCCCUUCUUCACGUUCCAUACUGGCAAUGCCUGGGACUCACUGGACAGUGACGGUAACCCGGUAAUUGAUAUGGACUGCUGCGCGUUCAGCAACGGCGACAUCUUGUACCAAAUAAACCGCUAUGGCGACAUGGAACGCUUUGCUGGCGAAUACAAAAAAGCACACAAUGGCUCUUAUCCAAAUGGUGCUGGUAAACAGCGCAAUAUCUCGCUUGCUGGUGGUCCGUUUCAGUUUGGUGACCUUCGUCGCUAUCGUGCCACAUGGAGCAAAAACACCGGUAAAGCGACGUGCCGAGUCAUUGCCAAGAACAUGGAGUUCCCACGGUUUGCGCCCCAGUUGGCUUGCCAAAAGACACGAUACCUUUGGGGAUGUCAGCAUGAGGACGCCACAGCAACACACAGCGAGCGAUUCAGUCUGAUUAAGGUUGACACAGAGACUGGUGACGUUAUCAAGUAUGACCGUGAGUCGACCAUGUUCUCGGAGCCAGUGUUUGUGCCGAACCCACGUAGCAAGACCGGCGACGAAGAUGAUGGCGCGUUAUUGAGCUUUGCAAAUGUCUUUGAUCCUAGGGGUCCCAGCUACGAUCGCUGUAUCCUAUCCAUUGUAAACGCAAGCACAAUGCAAGAAAUAGGUCGCUGUAAUAUUGGACAGUUCGUAACUAACACCUUCCAUGGAUCAUAUGUUGACGUUGACUUUGUUAGCGUCGCUAUUAACUAGUAAAUGAUGCUGUAGUAAUUCAAUUUAUACACUAUAUGUAGCAGAAUUUACAAGUAGCAUCAGGUAUUGUCGAUAACCUUUUUGAGUUCAAGUAAUAAAUUUGCAUACUUACAUAACCUG